CCCAGCCCUAUUAGUUGCCAAGCAACGAUGCAACCAACCUCCAUAGUGCUGGGAAACUUGGGAACUUGUCGUCUUUCUCCUUCAUGAUUCCAUCCUCCUUCAGAAGCCAGCGUCAGCGAUUCCGAUUUGAGCUCCGCCCUCUAGAGCCUGCGGGCGCUGGAUUGGUGGAUGAUUCUCUCCAGACAUCUCCUGAAGAGCUGCCAUGUCUCUGAAUAAUGUAUCUUCUUCAGAACAGAGCAACAGUAGCUAUGAAACCAAAGCCUCAAAUCUUCGAUUAUCAGAGAAGAAAUGUUCAUGGGCAUCCUACAUGACUAACUCUCCUACUCUCAUCGUUAUGAUUGGCUUGCCAGCCCGGGGCAAAACCUAUGUGUCCAAGAAACUCACACGCUACCUCAACUGGAUUGGGGUGCCCACCAAAGUGUUUAAUCUCGGGGUGUACCGGCGUGAAGCAGUCAAGUCCUAUAAGUCUUAUGACUUCUUCCGGCAUGACAACGAGGAGGCCAUGAAGAUCCGCAAGCAGUGUGCUGUGGUGGCGCUGAAGGACGUUAAGGCGUAUCUCACUGAGGAGAGCGGGCAAAUUGCGGUGUUUGAUGCCACCAAUACCACUAGGGAGAGGAGGGACAUGAUUUUGAACUUUGCAAAGGAGAAUUCCUUCAAGGUGUUCUUUGUGGAAUCUGUCUGUGAUGAUCCUGAUGUCAUUGCUGCCAACAUCCUGGAGGUAAAGGUGUCAAGCCCUGACUACCCUGAAAGGAACAGGGAGAAUGUGAUGGAAGACUUCCUAAAGAGAAUUGAGUGCUACAAAGUUACCUAUCGACCCCUGGACCCAGACAACUAUGACAAGGAUCUUUCUUUCAUCAAGGUGAUAAAUGUGGGCCAGCGAUUUUUAGUGAACAGAGUCCAGGACUACAUCCAGAGCAAGAUAGUCUACUACCUCAUGAAUAUCCACGUCCAGCCUCGCACCAUUUACCUGUGCCGGCACGGAGAGAGCGAAUUCAAUCUCUUGGGGAAGAUUGGGGGUGACUCCGGCCUCUCCGUGAGGGGAAAACAGUUUGCCCAGGCUCUAAGGAAGUUUCUGGAAGAACAGGAGAUAGUAGACCUCAAAGUAUGGACGAGCCAGUUGAAGAGGACUAUCCAGACUGCUGAAUCCCUGGGUGUGACCUAUGAGCAGUGGAAGAUCCUCAAUGAGAUUGAUGCUGGCAUGUGUGAAGAGAUGACCUAUGCAGAGAUUGAGAAGCAGUACCCAGAGGAGUUUGCACUUCGGGAUCAAGAGAAAUAUCUGUAUCGGUAUCCUGGUGGGGAGUCAUACCAGGACCUGGUGCAGCGGCUGGAGCCUGUCAUCAUGGAGCUGGAACGUCAGGGCAACGUCCUCGUCAUCUCCCACCAGGCUGUCAUGCGCUGCCUCCUGGCCUACUUCUUGGAUAAGGGUGCAGAUGAGCUACCAUACUUGAGGUGCCCUCUCCAUACCAUCUUCAAACUUACUCCUGUGGCCUAUGGGUGCAAAGUGGAAACCAUUAAACUCAACGUGGAGGCCGUGAACACUCACCGUGACAAGCCAACUAACAACUUCCCCAAGAACCAAACCCCUGUAAGGAUGAGAAGGAACAGCUUUACGCCUCUGUCCAGUUCGAAUACAAUAAGGCGUCCAAGAAAUUACAGUGUUGGGAGCCGGCCCCUCAAGCCCCUCAGCCCUCUUCGUGCCCUGGACAUGCAAGAAGGGGCCGACCAGCCGAAGACCCAAGUCAGCAUUCCGGUGGUGUAACCGUGUGUCUCCCUCCAGUCUUGGCCUCCUGCCCUUGUCACUAAUCACCAAGGAAUCAUUUAACUUCGGACCCCUACCCCUGACACCCCAUCAUGAAUCUUAACACAGAGAGUGAGGCCGUGUGUUUCCAGACCACCCUUAGCUAUUCUGCAGUGUGAAACAUCUCCCUGCCCAGGGGCGAGUGGACGAGUUGGGUGUUUUAGGUCACGUCCUCAGUUGGGGUGGUCAGGAGGAGGAAAAGGGAAGGGAUACAUCCCUUUAGGGUGAUUAGCACAGAAGGGGCUGAGGCUAAGCAUGCCCGAUAUACUUGGUUUUUGUCCAUUUGGUGUCUAAACUCCUUGAAGUCCUUGUGUUGGUAAAUUGUCGGGAGUGUGGGGGUGGGGGUGGGCAGGGUGGAGGGGAACACAGAAGCCCAUUUUUCCUUCGCCUUCGUCUCUUCGAGAUAUGCUUUACUCACAGACCUUAACUGCCUGCUUUCUUCCCCCUCCCCCUUUUCCCUUUCGGAUUGUCCAGUGUGAUGCAUGUCAUUGUCAUUGUGGUGUCUGUCUAGGAGGGAAGGGGAGGUUGGCGAGAGAGAAGUCAAGGCUCCAUUGAUGCUCGCUGCAGUGGGCCUAAAUGGAUCUGCACGGGGGGAGCCUUUCUUUUCCCUUCUCCCUUUCUCUCAAGCCAGGUCCUGCAAGGGUCAGCCUAGGCUGUAGAACAUCCACAGAUGCUCUGGAGCCUGCAAGUGGAUAUAGGGUGAGAGUUCUUGCCUCUUUUCAUGAGAAACGGUCCUAAGGCUUUGAUGCUCUGGGGGAAGGAAGCUGGCUCUGAGUGUGCGGGAAAUAUCUUGGUUCGUAUUUUUCACUUCAAGAGACAGGCAUAGGUCUUUUGCUGGCUGUGGAGCGAGAUUUAGAAGAGCAGGGUGUUCCCUAGCACCUGCAGGGCUUUUGGAGGAUGGGUCACAUCUUUUCUUCAGUGGCUCUCAGCUUCUUUGCCAACCCCUGCAAGCCGGUAACUUUUAGGGCUGUUUAGAAGAACAGUGUUGGAUUUAGGAGUCAUCAUUGAUGUUUGAGUCACUGAAGUUAAAAGGCAAAGUAGAGUUCACUAGACCUGCUUAUUAUUUUUAAAACUCUCCUUUUUAAGUUGAAAAGUCUAGAUGAGUCUUUAGGACUCUGUGGGGGGUCCAGCUCUUUACUGCUUUUAUUUACCUACUCACUUCUGUAAUUUUAUUUUCUCUAUAGGCCUAAACAGGAAAUAUUUAGAGCAGGGAUUCUUGGCCUCUUGGUGGCCCAUGAUAGCAUGCUCCUCCCCGCAAAUUUGUAUGCAAAACGUAUGAAUAUGUGGACAUUUUUCCGAGAAGCAAGUCUAGAGUUCUCAUGAGAUUUUUAAAAGAGAAAGAUGACUCCCCAUCCUAAAGUUAUCAAUUUCUCUUUAGAGGUAACCAGUAAAAACAAGUUAGCUAUUUGCCAAGGGUGUUUUUGAUAACAGAAGACCUUUUGUCAUGGUUGUCACUAGGGGUGUUCAUUCGAAUCUCCUUUAGAACUUGUGAAACUUGUACCCGUGCUUGGAUCUCCUUUAGGCUUAACAGUAACUCAGAAUCUCUGGGAUUGGGGUCUGGACAUGGGUGUGUUAAAACAGCUUCACUAAUGAUUUCGAUUCAUACUCACUUCAGGUUAAACUCCAUUUUAUGAAGUUGGGUAGAAAAAUAUGGGAUAGUAUUUCUUUGGACAAAACAUCAACCUAGGAAUUCUGAAUUCCUCAUAGUUCUUCAAGGACAGUUCUUUGGAGUUCAGUGUUCAGCAGAUCACCAUAUUAAAUGAGGUGAUCCCAUUGAAAUCAGGCUGCCAUGUUUUAGAGGGUUAUUCUAGGUUCUAGUUCCAUCUUUAACUGUUGACAUUGCAAGAUGAUGUGGAACAAAUCACGACAUAAAUAACCGUCCUUGACUGAUAGCUGGGAAUUUUAAGCACCCUGGAGAUAGGCACUGACAUAAAACCAGUAAGAUGAUAAAAGUUAUCAGCAUGGGCAACUGACUGGUGACCUCGACUGUUUUAUUCUUAUAUCUUGACUAGGACAGCACAGCCAAUUACUAGAAGCCGCUUGCCUAGGUUCUGCUUGAAAUCAUGUCCAAGGUAUAAAGUAAUGUGCUCUUCCUGUUUAGCCAUUUACAUAACAUGUACUUAGUGUCUUAGUUUGUGGGGCUUUCGGCUGGGUGAGGGUGGGGUGGGGUGGGGAAGGGUACACAGAAAUAGAAGAAAACGUGCUUGUCCUGAAGAAGGUUAUUUUAGAGACAGGACAUGUAAUUUAAAAUAGCGAACAUUUGCAGAAGAGCACUGUGCUGAGUCUCUAAGUGUGGACACUGAAGUGGAGUACAGAUUGCUUCUGACUUUUCUCUUGUCGUAUGGCCAUGAGACUAAAAGAGUGGCGAGGCGGGAAUGCGUCCUCCCCUCACCCUCACAUUAGAAUGAGGCAUGGUCUAGGAGGUCCGUAUGGCACUUUUACGAGGUUGCCUUAUCUAACUUUGACUUGUGGUAUCUUUAGCCCAAAUGAUCAUUCAUUUAGUCUUUCCUCCCGCUGUGUGGUCAGCGCUAAUGAAUGAGAAGGAGGAGCAUUUUGACCCAAAGACUUUGGAUUCGAACUGUACAUACUCUUAGAGAAAGAAGUCUCUAAUGAACUAGCAUUAUGUCGCCUUGUUGCAAACCCCAGCAUUAGCCACAGGUCACUGGGAUGUUCAUGUUAAUGAUUUCUCCACUCUCCCCCUCUGCUAGUUUGCUUCCCCCAGAAGAGGAGCCUGAGGUGGUCUUAUUAGUCU